AUGCUCAGGGAGGUCUCCAGAGACCUGGGCACUCUGCCCGUGCUCAGCCCUUCUCUCUCUGCUCCUUCAGUGGUGCUGAUCGGCGAGUCAGGCGUGGGGAAGACCAAUCUGCUAUCCCGGUUCACGCGCAAUGAGUUCAGCCACGACAGCCGCACCACCAUCGGGGUUGAGUUCUCCACCCGCACUGUGAUGCUGGGCACCGCCGCUGUCAAGGCCCAGAUCUGGGACACAGCUGGCCUGGAGCGGUACCGAGCCAUCACCUCGGCGUACUACCGCGGUGCAGUAGGGGCCCUCCUGGUGUUUGAUCUGACCAAGCACCAGACCUAUGCCGUGGUGGAGCGCUGGCUGAAGGAGCUCUAUGAUCAUGCGGAGGCCACAAUUGUCGUCAUGCUCGUGGGGAACAAGAGUGACCUUAGCCAGGCCCGGGAGGUGCCGACGGAAGAGGCUCGCAUGUUUGCUGAAAACAAUGGGCUGCUAUUCCUGGAGACCUCAGCCCUGGACUCCACCAAUGUUGAGCUAGCCUUCGAGACUGUCCUCAAAGAGAUCUUUGCCAAGGUGUCCAAGCAGAGGCAGAACAGUUCCCGGUCCAGUGCGAUCACCCUGGGCAGUGCCCAGGCUGGGCAGGAGCCUGGUUCUGGGGAGAAGAGGACCUGUUGCAUCAGCCUCUGACCUUGGCCAGUUCCAGCCCUGCCCCCAUUGGCUUUCUGGUGCCCCUAACCUUACCCAGCUCCAGGAUCUUUCCCUGCCCUUUGGUUCUGAAAGUCCGGGUGACCCACGCCCAGGUCACAGUCCCCAGAGCCCUGAGGUCUCCAGGAUCCACAACCCACAUCUCUAUUAUCGGUCCACUCCUCAUAGGCGAGGGCCUCAAAUAAAGCUGUUUUGUA